GGGAAAAAGCGCCCCGCAGAAACUGAUCCUGACAAUGACCAGCCUUUGACCAAAAAGUUCAGCCAUCUACAAUUAACUCCUCUGACAUUUCAAGAUGACACCUUUGGCCGGAAAAAACUCGCCACGUCUAAUCAUGGAGAUCGGAUGAUGCUUGAUGAUACCAAUCAUACAAUUUAUAUACAUGACUUGGAUAUGGAGCUCCAAGAUCUUGAAACUUUGGGCAAUGAAGUCACAAUUUUAUCGGGGGUGGUUGAUAGAUUGUCUACAGUUCCAAGAAUGCUGGUGGCCGACGACCAGGCUCACUGUACGGAGCUGGUACUCUACAGUGAGCCCGUACCGCUUACUGCUCCAAAGGGAAGUGAUAAUGUCCGCAAGGCCCUUGCUGCUACUAGGGAGCGCGCCCGGCAG